GACCCUUCUCUAAGGGUUCGUUUUGAUCACGAAACAGGACAGACAGUGGUGGAAACAAUGGGGGAGCUUCACAUGGAUAUUGUGAAGUGUCGUCUCGUACGCGACUAUGGUCUUAAUGUGUUUAUUGGGCCUCUCCAGAUUGCUUAUCGCGAGAUCAUAAGUCAUCCAAUAACUUUGACGCGAACGGUGCAAGAUAUUGUAGACGAUAAAAAGAGAAUUCAUAGCGCCAAUCUAACGCUUUGCUUGGAGCCAGCUCCGAAGAGUGGCAAAUUCAAAUCGGUGCAAGUGGAACUGCCACCCGAUGCUACCUCCAUUCGUAGUGAUUGGCUCAAGGCAAUAAACGAAGGUUGUGGAAAUGCACUUCACAAUGGUCCUGUUCUGGGUUUUCCUAUACAAGAUGUGGUGAUCAAAUUGAAAGGAAUUACUACCAGUGGAGGACGUGUCAAUCCUGCAGUUCACGAAAAGUUAGUAAGCUGGUCAUUAUGCAUUCUGCAACUGAAUCUGUUUCAUUUAGUAUCUGCUUGCGCUCAUAAAUGCGUCACAGAAGCUAUUGAAGCUGCAGGCGCGCGGUUGAUUGAGCCCAUCAUGCGACUAGAUAUCAGUUUGGAAAGUGGCACUGAAGCUCAAAGCAUUUUGCACGAGCUGUCGAGGCGGCGCGCUGACAUUGUUGAAUGCUGCGGAACACAGUGUAAGCGUUGGUUU